UAGUGUGCGUGUGUGAUGACUAAUGUGUUCAUUUGUCAAAAUAAUGUUUCUCUUCCCAUUUUCAAUGUCAGCAAUUCCUCAAGUGCAUUAAUGAUGGCUUAAUUGAUCCUUGACGAGGACAGGGAACUGAAGAGUUGAUGGGCGAUGGGGCACUUCCAGCAAGAAGAGCCAGAGGAGGAGGUUUCGACGGCUGAGGAUGAGAGGUUAUCCGAACCAGACGCUGAAUUGGAAAUUCCUAAGAAAAAAUCAGGGAGAUUGCAUAAAUGUAGUUAUGACGGAUGUAAUGCAAGUUAUAAUAAACCUUCGCAUCUUGAGAGGCAUCUUCGAAAUCACUUGGGGGAGAAACCUUGCAAGUGCAAUUUUCCGAAGUGCGACAAGGCUUACACAACACCCUUUAGAUUAAGGAAACAUCAAGCGACUCAUGAAAAUUUCUCUCGUCCAUUCAGCUUUACAGAAAAUUUGACCUCCGAGGUGGUGAACCCUCCGAAAAGACCAAAACGUAUCCAUAAAUGUACUUAUGAGGGAUGUGGAGCUACUUUUAAAAAGCGCGACAGGCUCGAGGGACACAUUAGACAGCACAAUGGCGAGAGACCUUUCAAAUGCACUGUUGAGAAUUGCGACAAGGCUUAUGCGACGAACUCCCAUUUGAAGAGACAUGUGUUGAGUCAUACGUCUGUUCCUACUACACUUAUCUGUGACAUCUGUUCACUGACUCUCAGCAAUCGUCAAAACCUAAUCAGACAUCACAAGAGAGUCCACACGAGUAACAGACUGUACUGUGAAGAAUGCGAUCAGACAUUUCGAAAGAAAACUAAUUUCGCUGAGCACAUGGCUCUCAUUCACAGCGACGAUUCGAUAACCUGUGAUAAGUGCCCUAGGAAGUUUAAAACAUCUUUUCUGCUGGCUAAACACUAUCGAACUCACAUGAAAUCUUAUCCCUGCGAUCGAACUGAUUGCAAGAAAGUAUUCACCAAGUUCAUUGAGUUGAGAAGGCACAAGCAGAAUGAUCAUGUAAAUGAAUACAAAUGCCCAGAAUGUGAAAAAACUUUUCUAUCCAGAUCCCAUGUUAAAUGUCACUUGCGUGUACACUCGAGCUCCUUAAUCCCCUGUCCCUAUGAGAUGUGUCACAAAACAUACAAUUAUGAGAAUAAUCUCGAUGCUCACAUACGUGCAACUCACUUGAAUAUUAAAGUUCACUGUGACAUUUGUAAACUUGGAUUUGCAAACAAGGCGAAUGUUAGAAAGCACAUUCAAGCCGUCCACAUGUGCAAAGUGAAGACUAAGACUGAGAGGAAGGUGAGGAAGAAGAGGAGAGAUGCUGGAAGGGUGAAGAAGAGUAUGGUUGGAAAAUUAUGUGGGCUUGAGCUACCAGCUAAGGAGGAGAGGGCCUUGCUCACACGAACGCCCAGAGUACGUUUGACAAGCGAUACUUUUUCAUCUCCUACUUUGAAAUGAAGAGAUGAAUAUUAACUAAUUAAGUCAUUUAUUCAGUUAUCAGUUGAUUCAUUCAUUUAUUGGUUAACGGAGACUAGGAAGAGUUUUAUCUAUCACGAGUUAUUGAAUCGAGGAUCUCUAUGUUUCUCCGGUAUUUCAUGUAUGCAAAAAUUGAUAGUGGGAUUAAAAAAUCCAUUGUUUAUUGUAGGGUAGUUGGGUAGAAGUCAAAAAUAACGUAAUCGAGAAAGUGGCCAAGUGCACUACAUUUUUGAGAGAAAACUUUUCUCUUUACCUUGAAUUUUUAAAAAAUGUGUAGAAAUACGAUUAUCAGCCCUUUAUUCAAUAUUAGAAAGAUUAAUUAGUGUAAAUGCCUCGAUACUUCAAUUUUGAAUUGUUCCCCACGUUUAGUUUUUAUUUUUUAAUAGAACAAGAAAUUCUACUAUUUAGGAGUCAAAUAUAAAAAAACCAACAAUAGUGGUAAUUUUUUUGCCUACUUUUUUGACAUUUUUGGCGAAAAGAAAAAGUUGACCAUUCUAAAAAAUAAGGGGGGUUUUCAAGAAAAAAUUAUUAAAAAUACUUUUUUUGCGUGAUUUUUCCCCAGGAAUCUGAUGUUGUCGGUCCAAAUUGUGUCCGGCCACUCAAAGUUAAGGAUUCAAAUUUUUUUUAAUCGAAAAGUCAACGUAACAAAAAUCCCUCACGUAUUUUUUUUACAGUUUUUUGAAUACGAUCACAAAUUUUUGAUGAUUAAUUAUAAAAACGCGGGAGAAGAUGCAUUUUAAAAUUUAUUCGUUCAUCAAAAGUUCUAUUAAUAUCUCAAAGAAAAAAAAAUUCUUGCCCGAAUAUUAUGUACAAACUUCAUUUAUUAAUGUUAACUCUAUGUUUAGUGGUUCUCAUACAUAUACCUAGUCUUUUUUUUGUACAGAUUCCAUUAAUUUUCCAUUCUCCUUAUGAAAUUUCAAUAAGGAAAUACUAGUUUUUAAUUUUUUUUCUCGAAAAACGAAAAAGUUUUUUUCUCGAGGUGAACCUCCCCCUUAAGUACACUGAACCUUUUUUUCAAUUAUAUUAUUUUAGACUAGCAUGGCUAACGAACAAUAAUCAAUCAGUUUUUCACACUAAUUAUCAGUUUUUGUAGCCGUGGGAUUUAGGGGAACCUACGGAGAACCUCACCUCAAUCAGUCGUAAUGUUCAAAUCUCACAAUAAUCUCCCCUUGAAGAUUAUUUAAUGACUUUAGAGAAAGAAAUGCACCUUGGGAUUAUUGUAGUGUAGAUAAUGUUUGAAACCUACUGGCAUAACAUACAAUAAAGUCAGUUGGAUAUUAUUGUACUGCAAAUAUGCUAUUCAAUACACAACGAUUAUCAUUCUUUUCAUGUCAGUUUGCUGACGAAAGUUUUGUUUUCUGGACUUUCCAAGCCAGAAUGGCAUAUAAUUUUUAUGGGUGAAAUUUGUUACUGCUCAAUUCGUCCAAACUCCUUCCCAAUUUCCAUUGAAUUAUUUUUUUCACGUAAUGCAACCAAAUUCCCUUUCAUUUAAACGUCCAAUUUUAUAUUCAUAAUUGUAUUAUUUUGACAACGCAUGAAGAUUACUUUUAGUUUAGGUAUUUAAUCACCCUUUGUGGAAAUAACUUUAUGUUCAUCGAGACUGAAAAUCCGUUUUAUUUGAAACUGAAAAGAAGUUCAAAGAUAAAAAGUUUAAUUCUCAAUAUUAAACUUUAAAAAGGAAUAAAUAUUUAUCUAUUGAAUGGCAUAUUUCCAGGAUCACUUAAUACAACUGUCCUUAUUUGAUCUCAAGCAAGAGAUUGCUAUCCAUUCAGUGCACUAUAAAAAAGUUGAAAUGAAUUCUUCCCAGGGAUAAAACGCAAUCAGAUUGUUCAAAAUUUGACAUUUUCACGCAUUUUCUUUUCGUUCCUGAAAGCGGUGAUUCUACGAGAACGUGUCAUAAGUCCUUUUUCGCAGCUUAUCAAUUUUCUAAAGAAAGGUUGACAUUGACAUUUUCUCCGGAGAUUACUCAUCGAAAUAAUUUCAUCGUAUUUGACAAGAAGUCAGAUUGUCACCUAAAUGUAACAGAGGAGGAAUCGAAUAUUUGACAUCAUUUAAUGUAUGGUAUAUACAAAAAGUUUUGUUUAUUUAUCGGUUAAAAAUCAAACAUUCUUUGUAUUACGACUCUCCUCAUUACAAUUACUAUAAUUGUUCAUACAAAAUGACAUAAUGUAUUAUACUGAUAUAUUGCAUAUAUUAUUAUUAAAAAAACUUCAGUAUAA